AUCCUCAGCCUGCCGCCCAUCGACAUCUGCCAGGACGCCCUGACGGACGGCUGCGGUUGCAACGACGGCGACACCCAAGUCUUCAAGAAGGGCAAGUCCUGUCUGUUCGCGUUGCCGUCGAUAGUCCUUCGCAAGCCCGUGUCCACGUUCCCGAUAAAGCUCUCUGUGUACAAGAAGCUCCCGCCGGGAGUGCUUCCCGACGUGAUGAUGGUCGGUUGCCAUCAGAUAGAGGCCAAAGCCUUGAUGAACGCCGUGCUGAGCCAGCAGGUCUUCAAGAUCCCGAAUCCCUGUCAAACGAUCAAGGACACGUUCAAGAUCGCCACGGCGACCGGCCAGUGCGUCGGCUCGGCGACAGUCUACGUCAGGGCGUCCGGUUUCGGCAGGAAGAUCGUCACCCAGUUCCAGAUACCCCACAACAGGAAACCGUACCUGUUCAAGGGAGCGGACGAGAGUCCCGUGUUCCAGUGCAAGAAAAUACCUUCUGCCUGCUACACGCCUGCCCCAUUGAAGUGUACCUGCGCGAACACUUGCGCGGACGGCAGCGGGGAACCCCCGAGAAGGACCUGUUGCCCCACGCCGACUCUCCCGUGCCCUCCGCCACCUGUCAGAACCACGCAACCCGAUUGGGGUCCGCGACCGUGCUGUCCUUCCCUUCAGGCCACCUCUGGACAAACAUGUCCGUGCUCGGCACAAUCGCGUCGGAGGGACCAACAGGCAACGUCGUCCGACAACUGUCCGCCAUGUUGCACGCCCAAGCCUGGGCGACUGGUGAAAUUGGCUGGGCCAUCUGGUUCUUCUCGUCAGCAACUCGCCGCCGACGGAAAGUGUCAUCCUUGUUGUCCUGCCGUCCAACGAAAGCAGAACGACGGUUGUCCGCCGUGUUGCGGUGCUUCCUCUCCCGUGACGUCCAAGGGAUACAAACCAUUCAGCGAGAUACUGAGCGAAGAGACCAAGAUGAAGAAGUGCGGAUGCCCCGUAAAGGAGUACAGUUGCAACUGCGGAGAGACGAAAAGGUAGCGGGGUAAACGUUUCCGUGAGAAAGUCAAGCGGCGAAGCAUUCUUCGAGCGAAAGAUAAAAGGAACAAGUUCGA